GGGACUCCCGGGGGGACAGGAAGUGUCAACGCCCGGGACCCCGGCGCCAGCUCCGCUGGGGGGAUCCCCGCUGCUCUAGUCUUUGGGAGGGAGGGGAAAAAGGAGGGAGCCCUGAUCUCGCCCCGCCCCUGGGCUUGUUACCGCGGGGGCGGGGAGUGAGGGCUUCUUUUGGGGGGAGUGGAGAUCGGGGGACUCGGCUGUGCCCUCUUGAGCGGCGGCCGGUGUCCCCGCGGCGCCGGGCUGCCGAGCAGAGGAGCCGCGGCGGCCGUGGCUGUUGCAUGUGUGGCUGCUGGAUGCGGAGGCGGCGGCGGCGGCGGCGGCGAGGAGCAGCAGCGGCGGCAGGAUGUUAGGGCAGCAGCAGCAGCAACUAUACUCGUCGGCCGCGCUCCUGACCGGGGAGCGGAGCCGGCUCCUCACCUGCUACGUGCAGGACUACCUCGAGUGUGUGGAGUCGCUGCCCCACGACAUGCAGAGGAACGUGUCUGUGCUUCGGGAGCUGGACAACAAAUAUCAAGAAACGUUAAAGGAAAUUGAUGAUGUCUAUGAAAAAUACAAGAAAGAAGAUGAUUCAAACCAGAAAAAACGCCUACAGCAGCAUCUCCAGAGAGCAUUAAUCAAUAGUCAGGAAUUGGGAGAUGAAAAAAUUCAGAUUGUCACGCAGAUGCUCGAACUGGUGGAAAAUCGGGCAAGGCAGAUGGAGCUGCAUUCACAGUGCUUUCAGGAUCCUGCUGAAGGUGAGCGCGCCUCGGAGAAGGCAAAGAUGGAUUCCAGCCAACCAGAAAGAUCUUCCAGAAGACCCCGCAGACAGAGAACCAGUGAAAGCCGUGAUUUAUGCCACAUGACGAAUGGGAUUGAAGACUGUGAUGAUCAGCCACCUAAAGAAAAGAAAUCCAAGUCAGCCAAGAAAAAGAAGCGCUCCAAGGCCAAGCAGGAGAGGGAAGCUUCGCCUGUUGAGUUUGCAAUAGAUCCCAAUGAACCUACGUACUGUUUAUGUAACCAAGUGUCUUAUGGGGAAAUGAUCGGAUGUGACAAUGAACAGUGUCCAAUUGAAUGGUUUCACUUUUCAUGUGUCUCACUCACCUAUAAACCAAAGGGGAAAUGGUAUUGCCCAAAGUGCAGGGGAGAUAAUGAGAAAACAAUGGACAAAAGUACUGAGAAGGCAAAAAAGGAUAGAAGAUCGAGGUAGUAAAUGCCAUCCACAUUUUAAAAGGUUAUUUGUCUUUUAUAUAAUUCGUUCAGAAUUUACUUUCAGAAAAUGUUUUAGGGUAAAUGCAUAAGACUAUGCAAUAAUUUUUAAUCAUUAGUAUUAACGGUGUAUUAAACGUUGUUGUACUUUG